UCUCUUCAGCUGGCUUUCACGGUAUAUUGUAUUUUCUUCCAAAAAGAUCCAAACAAGGUGGGGGAGAUCUCUCUAAGAACUAAGCAAGAGGUGGAGUUUUAGAGUAAUGGAACCAAGUUCUACUCCAGUUUCACUUUGCUUUGGGGGAAGGGGUUAGGCUAAUUUCGAGGAAACAUCUUUUUUGAUUAUCAGCAAGUCUUCGUUGUUUGUUUCUCUGUGUUACUGUCUCAGACUCAGCUUUUGAGUUGGUUCUUGUAAUCCCACUACCCCAGUUACCUUCAAAGUCAGUUUCACGAUGAUGUCUGAUGAUGGGUUUUCUUCAGUUCCUUCUUCUAUUCGAGGGUUCAUUCAGGAAUUGAACCCAAACCCUAACCCUAGUUCAAAUCCUGUCAAGAGGAAGAGAAGUCUACCAGGAACACCAGAUCCAGAUGCAGAAGUGAUAGUUUUAUCUCCCAAGUCUCUCAUGGCCACAAAUCGAUUCAUAUGCGAAAUCUGCAACAAGGGUUUUCAGAGAGAACAGAACUUGCAGCUACACAGAAGAGGCCAUAACCUUCCAUGGAAGCUUAAGCAACGAAACAACAAAGAGGUGAUCAGAAAGAAGGUGUACAUAUGCCCUGAGAAGAGCUGCAUCCACCACGAUCCAUCGAGAGCUCUCGGCGACCUCACCGGAAUAAAGAAGCAUUACAGCAGAAAGCAUGGAGAAAAGAAAUGGAAGUGCGAGAAAUGUUCCAAGAAAUAUGCAGUUCAAUCGGAUUGGAAGGCUCAUAGUAAGAUUUGUGGGACUAGAGAGUAUAAAUGCGACUGUGGAACUCUCUUCUCCAGGUACUGUACUUCAAACAUCUCUAAAAUUCUGUGGUUUAUAUGAUUAGUUAGUUGAAGUAAUAAAUGAUCAAUCUUGAGCAUUCAUGGCUUUCAUAUCUGAAUUCAAUGAGAUUUUCGAUCAAACAUUACAGGGAUAUUUUUGAUUUAAUUGAGUUGGGUUUGUUUGUAUCAAACAGAAAGGACAGCUUCAUCACUCAUAGAGCCUUCUGUGAUGCUUUAGCAGAAGAAAGUGCAAAAUUUACUUCAGUUCCACCACCCAAUUUGAACUUCAGAAAUGAAAUGAUUAAUGGAACACUUGGCAAAUAUCUUCAAUCUUCCGGAAUACCACAAAUUCCGGCAGUGUUUCAGCCUGAAUUCUCCAGCCUAGAACCAGCUCAGGCGGGCCAAUUCAACAUGGAUGGGCAGAAACCUAGGCUACCACCUUGGUUGGACAAUGCCAAUUCUCAUCUAAAUCUAAACCCCAUUGGAAUUCCAGUAAAUUCUAAUGCUUUCAUAGCAUCAAGCUCCACCGGCUUGCCGGAGAUGGUGCAGAUGGCACCGGAAAAUAUGUUGGGACUCUCAUCUCUCCAGUGGUUCAAGAGGGGCUAUGAAGCAUCAUUUACAGGUGCCAAUCUUUCAUCAUCGUCAAUACCAAGAGUAUUGAAAGAGGAAGAACAUAAUAAAGGAAAUUUGUGUCAAAGCAUGAGUUCAAUGUAUUAUAGUCAUCAGAAUCAUCAAGAAACAACUCAUACUCCUAUGUCAGCCACUGCACUUUUGCAAAAAGCAGCCCAAAUGGGAUCUACAAAGAGCAACUCAGCUCUUUUUGGCAGUGGGUUUGGACUCGUGACCUCAUCUCUCUCUAGUCUUUCCAGCUUCAAUUCUUUGAAACAAAAUAGAAAUGAAGUUCAACAUUCUAUGAACCAAGGACAAGCUCAGAACUUGAAUGGAUUGAUAAAUUCUACGACUGAUUCAGCACGGGCCAUCAAUGGCCAAGAUGGGUUGUUGUUGGGUGAUAUGACCUCGACCUCAUUUGUGGGUAGCAUAAAGAAUUCAGACCCUAGGAUGAAUUUUAAAGGCAAUGGAGUUGAAGGUAGUUUGACAAGAGAUUUUCUAGGUGUGGGGGGUAAUGAAGGCAGACGAUUCUUGCAACAUGAUCAGCUAGCCAACUUUGAUCCUUUGGGUCCAGCCAUGGACUUAAGCCAGUACAAUAGAUGCCACUGAACUCCAUAGAUUGUAAGUAUACCCCUUUCACGUGGCAUACAAUCUGAGCAUUAGUGUGUGUGUGUGUGAGAGAGAGAGAGAGAGAGAGAUCUAGAGAGGGAAAGGGAGAGAGAGAGAGAGAUCCUGUGAAUUGUCAGAGGUAGGAGGGAGGCGAGGCUACUGCACGUUGGAAGGGACUUGACAAAAAGCGACUUGGCAAUCACAAGGCAGAAAGUUGUCUGCAUUUUUUAGGGGUGAGGGUUGUCUACUGUGAUCCUGUGACUAUUUUGAGUUGCACCUAAAGUGGGCACAUAGACUUUGGAGUUGAAUAAAGCACUGUAUUUGUAUCAGUAAGGACCUACUUGACAUGACCUUCACUGGUGUUGAAAUUACCCAGAAAAAUCAAACAAUGAAGAAGAGAGUUACUUACCAAUAAUAUAGUCAUCAUUUGGACUCAUCCCUAGGCAUUUAUCAGUUUGGGUUUGAUCUUUUUCUUUUCUUUUUUUGAUCAGUUUGAGUUUGAUCAAGCAUUCCAAUUCUGAAGUUUAUUUCAGCAUUUCAUGUUUUCCCAGAAAAAUUUCAGGUAUGAAGUUUGAAAUUCAUACACAUGCAAUAUCUAAUAAAUUCGUUCAUGCAAUAUUAUAU